AUGCCCGCUCCUCACGGUGGUGUCCUACAGGACUUGAUAGAAAGAGAUGCUUCGAAAUAUUCCGCUUUAUUAGCUGAAUCUCAAACUGCUGCCAUUACUAAAUGGAACUUAACUGCAAGACAAAUAUGUGAUAUAGAAUUGAUUCUGAAUGGCGGUUUUUCGCCAUUAACCGGUUUCUUAAAUGAAAAAGAUUAUAUUUCUGUCGUCAAUAAUUCAAGAUUAUCAGAUAACACAUUGUGGACUAUUCCUAUUACUUUAGAUGUCGAUUCAACAUUUGCUAAUUCAAUUAAACCAAAUCAAAGAAUCUCUUUACUACAAGAUAAUGAAAUUCCUAUUGCUAUCUUAACUGUGCAAGAUAUUUACAAACCUGACAAGGCUCUCGAAGCCAAAAACGUUUUCAGAGGCGACCCAGAACAUCCUGCUAUUCAAUAUUUAAAUAACGUUGCAGGCGAAUACUACAUCGGUGGUUCUUUAGAAGCUGUCCAGCUACCUCGUCAUUAUGACUACCCCGGUUUGAGAAAGACUCCUGCUCAAUUGAGAUCUGAAUUCAAGUCAAGAGACUGGAAUAAAGUCGUUGCUUUCCAAACUCGUAAUCCAAUGCACAGGGCUCAUAGAGAAUUAACUGUUAGAGCUGCAAGAGAAACCAACUCCAAAAUCUUGAUUCACCCGGUAGUCGGCUUAACAAAGCCAGGCGAUAUCGAUCAUCAUACUCGUGUCCGCGUCUACCAAGAAAUUAUCAAACGUUAUCCAAGUGGUAUCGCAUUCUUGUCUCUGUUACCAUUGGCUAUGAGAAUGGCCGGUGACAAAGAAGCAGUAUGGCAUGCAAUUAUCAGGAAAAACUACGGUGCCAGCCAUUUCAUUGUCGGUAGAGAUCAUGCUGGUCCAGGCUCAAACUCUAAGGGUGUUGACUUCUAUGGCCCUUAUGAUGCGCAAGAAUUGGUUGAAUCGUACAAAAAUGAGUUAGAAAUUCAGGUCGUACCUUUCAGAAUGGUCACAUACUUACCCGAUGAGGAUAGAUACGCUCCAAUUGAUGAAAUUGACACUUCAAAGACAAGAACGCUAAACAUAUCCGGCACUGAACUAAGACGUCGUUUAAGAGUUAGUGGUGAAAUCCCAGAAUGGUUCUCGUAUCCUGAAGUUGUUAAAAUCUUGCGAGAAUCAAAUCCACCGAGAAACAAACAAGGUUUUGCCAUAGUCUUCGAAGAGUCUUUGAAAGCUUCCCAUAAUCAAUUAUCUAUUGCAUUAUUAUCUACUUUCCUUCAAUUUGGUGGCGGUAGAUUUUACAAGAUUUUUGAACAUGAUAAUGAGGAAAAGGCUUUGUCAGCCAUUUCCGAUUUCAUUCAAUCAGGUGCUGGUUUAAUAAUACCAGAUCAAUGGAACAACGAUAAAGUAAUUGUUCCAAAACAAAAUGUCUACGUCUUAGGUAGUACUGCUGACUCUGACAUCAAACUAGAGUCUAAUGAUGAAGCCAUCAAUGACAUUCUUCAAAAAGUUAUUCUAUUCUUUGAAGAUAAUGGAUUCUAUGCAUUUUGA